CAGACAGACAGACAGACAGACAGACAGACAGACAGACAGACAGAUAGAUAGAUAGAUAGAUAGAUAGAUAGAUAGAUAGAUAGAUAGAUAGAUAGAUAGAUAGAUAGAUAGAUAGAUAGGAUUGUGUUGUGAUGAACACUCGGGGGCAGCAGUUCUUACUGGAGGAAGUCAGGAUUCUCUUAUAAAGUGAGAUCAAGGACUAGAUUUUGUUGUUGCAGUUAUAACUAGAAUCUGUCAACAGGAGGCGCGUGUCAUCCAUUCUAUCGCUUCUGUUUGAUUGACAGAUAGUUUCAUUCCACCUGUAGUACGUCAAACACUCAGACAAACCUGUUCAAACCAUCACUCUGUCACUGACGCGACGCAGAAAACGCGUCCUGUCCGUUCUGUCGCGUCCGUUGGAUCCACUCCUGAUCACGUUCUUUGAUAGUAAUGGUCAUGUUGUGAUUUUGUCGCCUCUAGUGUAAACGGGGGUGUGAGUGAAGUUUAAAGCGGAAGUUGAACUUGACUUGAGCGCGUCGGUCUCAGAUUCUCAUUCAUGCGUUUGGCGCUCGGACCCCUGCGUGUCAAACAGCCGGCGUUGUCUCGACGCGUUUAAGAAGUUGCUCUGGUGUCAAUAAAUCAGAUUAAGACAGAUGAGCUCUUUUUACGACGAAAAGCCUGCGUUAGGACUGGCUGAGGAGCUUGGUCAGGUGGACUGUCAGGAUGAGCUGGAGUUUGACUAUCUUUUUGAGUAUGGAAGCUCAACGGGACUUCAAGAUGAGCAAAGCAUCUCCUCGCACAAAGACCUCAUCUCUCCUCCCAGCCUCUCCUAUCCUGUGGAGGAAGCUCAACCGUACGGCAUCAAGCCGUGUGUGGCAUCCUUCGCCGAACUCAGUGCCGAAGGUCUCUCAGGCUACACUCAACUGGAGCCCAAGAGCUUCGUGGGGAACUCCAGACCCAACAGCCAAGCGCUGAGCCCCCGGAUUGAGAUCACACCCUCCAGAGAGCACUAUAGUCACGGUCGAGACUCGCUCCAGAACCAUCUGGUGAACAUCAGCCCCAGUGCCGGUCUCACCGUGCCCGGUCAAGACCCUCUGGCCUAUAGGGAGCCGCAGUGCUUGAGUCCCGCCAGCAGCAAUUCAUCCACCUCCUGGCAUUCGGAGAACUACUCGCCUUGGGCUUCCCCCUGCGUUUCGCCCAGCAACAGCCAAGCAGCUGGAGAACUUUGCCCACGACUCCAAGGCAUCCACACGGGUUCCCCUCGAACCAGUCCGGGAACUUCUCCGCGAAGCAGUCUGGCUGAGGACGGCUCCGUGGGGCCACGCUCUCCAUCGCCCCGGCCCGGCUCGCGCUCCAACUCCCCUCUAUGCAAACGCACCUACGACAUGUACAGAAACCUGGUGCCGGUGGCCCGUUCACGCAGCCCAUCGCCCAACGGUGGCCACGAAGAGCAUCACGCCUCCCAUUAUGGCUCCAAUAACAUCUCAGGGGUCAUGAAUGGGUUUGGCGUCGCCCAAGCUAGUUCCAUUCCUACCAAAAUCGUGAAGACCAAUCAGCAGGGCUACACGCUUUACCCAGAGAACCACACUGAGAGUUACCUGGUGUCAUGUGACCAGGAUGUAAAGACCAAACAUGGCCCUGAACCAUUCUUCGUAAUCCCUCAAAUCUGGCCUAAACAGCUGGUGCCGGGAAUAUGCAGCAUCCCUGUGGCUUCCCUCCCGCCGCUGGAGUGGCCUCUGCCCAGCCGCACCGAUCAGUACGAGCUCCACAUCGAGGUGCAGCCCAAACCGCACCACAGGGCUCACUAUGAGACAGAGGGCAGCCGCGGGGCAGUCAAAGCCCCUACUGGAGGUCACCCUGUGGUCCAGUUACGUGGAUACCGAGGCAAGGAGCCACUGGGAUUGCAGAUCUUCAUUGGCACAGCAGACGAGCGCAUCCUGAAGCCUCAUGCUUUCUAUCAGGUCCAUCGCAUUACCGGCAAAACCGUCACCACCACCAGCUACGAGAAGAUCAUCAGCUGCACCAAAGUCCUGGAGAUUCCUCUUGAGCCAAAGAAUAACAUGAAAGCAAUAAUCGAUUGCGCUGGGAUUCUUAAGCUUCGCAAUGCUGACAUCGAGCUGCGAAAAGGAGAGACCGACAUUGGACGGAAAAACACUCGCGUUCGACUGGUUUUCCGUGUUCAUAUUCCCCAGCAAGGAGGCCAACAUGUGUCUCUGCAAGUUGCUUCGCAUCCCAUCGAAUGCUCCCAGAGGUCUGCCCACGAGCUGCCCAUGGUAGAGAAGCAGGACAUGGACGCCUGUUCGGUUCUCGGAGGCCAACAGAUGAUUCUCAUCGGCCAGAACUUCAGCUCAGAUUCAAAGGUGAUCUUCAUGGAGAAGACUCAUGAUGGACAGCAAAUCUGGGAAUUGGAAGCCACAGUUGACAAAGACAAAAGUCAGGCAAGCAUGCUGUUCAUUGAAGUUCCUCCAUAUAGAGACCCAUCCAUUUGCAAUCCUGCCAAAGUCAACUUUUAUGUAAUAAAUGGGAAACGGAAGCGCAGUCAACCACAACAUUUUACCUACACGCCUCUACCAGUUCCGUCUAUUAAGACAGAGCCCGUGGAUGAAUAUGAAACUGGUCGGAUGGGUUAUUCCAUGUCGCAGAUGCUGGGGGUGUCUCCCCAGCAGUACUAUAACCCUCGAGGGGUCAUCACCCCAGAGAGCAGCCUGGUGCCUGGCCUUGUCCCCUGUCAGCAGGCCCGCCUGUGUGUCUCCCCUCCAGACCACCGAUUUCAGCAGCAGAGCCCAGCCAUAAUGUACUCCCGUCCUGGAAAGAGCUUGUCAAGUAGUCCUAUUUACUCUCAGACGAGUGCUGCCAUGAUCCCGGACUCCCAUCGAUCAGUUCUGGUCCACACGGGUUCCCCAGCCCAGUCCACUCACCUGGCUGGCCAGCAUCCUUCCAACCAUCAUCCCUCAAUCAUACAGUUCUCUCCCACCAACCACCACCUGCUCAGAGGAGGAGAUCCUCCCGUGCCACCACCCCCAGAACAUCAGCACAUCAUUUAUUGUGAGAGCUACAAUCAGCACAGUCCUCAAGCCACAGGGGAAAACCGUUCACCAGCACCAGCCCAUGCAUCUCAGCAUCCUCAGAAUUACCCCACAGUCAUCCAACAACAGCCCUUCCUCCAGAGGGUGGCCAAAGACAGGUCACCUCCCGUCCAAGUAGAGCCCCAGAGAUGUUCCUCGACGGAAGAACAAAGAACCAGCGUUCCUGGACGAGUCACAGUCAAGCAGGAGAACUUGGACCAGGCCUACCUUGAUGAUGUGAAUGAGAUCAUAAGGAAGGACCUGACAGGGGUGCCUGGCAGGGGUCAGACAUAGAGAAACCCCUGAUCGGGAGUCGUGCAGGACCCCUGGAGUGCCCUGCCUUCAGCGUCACACGUGAGACUGGUCUACCAGCAGCAGCGAGGCCUCGGCCCGGUCAAGCGUCACCCUGACAGAAACUGGAUCAUGGACCACAUUUAACCCAACAUCCAUCUCAGUCAACUCCAGGAACAGCAGCGUGUUGAUGUGCAAACGUUAUUGAAAUUCCCUGCUAUUAUUUGACUUUUGAAACUCAUCCAAUGUUGAUCUCAUACGUCAAAGUUGUCAGAGCCUUGAGCCUUCAUAAACAGUUUGGAUUGGACAGGUGCAGUCAAGUAAAUUCUUUCCUUUUAAUGUUUUUUUUUUUUAAUUCCAUAGCCAUUUGACUCACAUUAAUGAACUCACUCAGAUUAGUGUAUUUCGAGCAAUAACCUCAUGUCAUAUUCCCCAAAACAAGACGUUUGCACAUACUUCUAAUUGGAAAGUGGAUAAAUACUUCACACCACUGCUAAUGAUUAAUCUACGAGUCUAAGAAUAGGUUGUUUUUGUAUUAGAUGAACCAUGUGUACAGUACAUCAAUCCAAAUUGUUGAAUGAAAAAGCCUUAUUUUAAAUUGUUUUAAGCAAAUGCACUGUUCGUGAAGGGAAACAGUGUAUGCACUUUCUUGUCAACUAAUUAUAUUUUAUUUAAAGUAUGUCAGCAAAAUUUGAUUUGUUUGUAAUCAUGUAGAUGUUGAGCAAAUACAGCUAAAAAACCAAUGAAGUCAUAUUUUCUUCUUUGUGAAACUGUUUUAACAUCUGUGCCUUUUCCUAAAGAGCUGCCAUUCUAGCAAAACGUAGAACAAGCAAGCCAAAAAUGAAUGGAAAUGUGCCUUGUCAAGUCAGAGCCCAUAAUGCCCUGCACUACAUUUAGGUUCUGAAACGUCUUUGUGCCGAACUAAAACUGAAUGGUUAUCAUAUUUUAUGAUUGUUUAUUUGUGUAUGAUGCGACAUUACCAGUUCCAUCUCUUCUAUAAAUAGAAAACACUUGAAAUAUUCAAGUCUUGUUCCCAAUGUUAAAUUUUAGGUUAGCUGUAUUACAGAUCUUUCUCUUGGAGGAUUUUAUUAACCAUAACUGCUUUGCUUUUAUAAUAUGCAUUUAUAUUUUGUGUGUAAAACAUUCAGUGUCUGUAUUUAUACUUAAAGUAGAUACGGUCUGCAUGUCUCUGUGACACACUGUCACAUUCAUUUUCAUAUUUGAAUACAAACUAACAAAACGUGCAUUUACUAAAGAAGCAAACUAAUCAAGAAGCAUCAGUUUGUAUUGAGAAAAUAUUUUUGGAAGCGAUCCUACCCUCUUAAAAAAAUGCAUAAGCAAUUAUGCAGGAUAUAUUUUUCUAUGUCUUUACAAUUUUGGCUGAAUAAUUAAGAGAGGUAUACAUUAAUAAUUCAUUUGUAUGUAUUAUCUAAAAUCUAUUUUGGAACACAUUGUAAAAAAGAGUGAUGCUAAUGUUUCCGUGAAUCUGUUGUUUCGGUGAACUGUGGGCAUAACAAAACAACUAUAUUCAGAAUGUAAACCUUUUAUCUUUACUGUAAAUAGACUGCCUCAAAAGUGUAAAGACUGUUCCUAUCAUUUUUAUUUUUUAGAAUCAGAUAGUCAUAAUAGGAAGAGACAUUUUAUAUGAACUGAAUCAGUUGUUCUCUUAACAUUUAAUAUCUUAUAUCCUGGGCUCUGGGAAUAUAUGAACUGCCAAAGCCUUUGCUGCAUAAAGACAAAUUGCAUUUAAUUUUUUUAUAUAUAUAUAAAUGUAAGACUGCCAAUGCCAAAAGAGAGACCAAUUGUAUUUUUUAUUCCAUUAGCUUUUCAUGAUCAUAUUCAUGUUUUGGCCUAAGCAUGUCUAACCUAAUGUGUUUAGACGUGUUAAUGUUGUUUGUCAAAUAAAGCCUACUAGCUGAGAACAUGAGCAAUAAACCUGACAACUUUAAAGAG